AUGAACUCGGUUUGCUCACACUGUAAGGCAUUAAAAUACAAAAACGAAGCCAAUGGAUUGUGUUGCGCAAAUGGUAAAGUGAAAUUGAUACCAUUGGAUCCACCACCAGAACCAUUGUACUCAUUGGUUUCAGGAAUAGGAACAGAUUCUAUACACUUUUUGACAAAUAUCCAACAAUAUAACAAUUGCUUUCAAAUGACUUCAUUUGGGGCAACAAAUGUAGUUCGGGAAAAUUUUAUGCCAACUUUCAAGAUACAAGGGCAAAUAUAUCACAGAGCAGGUUCACUGUUACCAGUGUCAGAUAGCGACAACAAAUUCCUGCAAAUUUAUUUUAUGGGCAAUUCACCACAAGAAAUUGAUCUGCCACAAUCAAUUGAUUAUAUUGUUUUUAAAACUGCCCUGGAUCUGAUGCCAUCCGAUAAUCACAAAAUUGUAAUCAGAGCUGAUAAAACACCUGCAGGUCAACAUACAAGACGUUUUAAUGCACCAACUAUUGAUGAAGUUGCUAUCGUUGUAGUUGGAGAAAACUUGGAAUCCCGUGAUAUUGUUUUACGUCGUCGGAAUGAUCAAUUACAACGUAUAAAGGAAACACACCGCUCAUAUGAUGCACUGCAAUAUCCCAUUAUAUUUUGGCAAGGUGAAGAUGGCUACGAUUUCUCAAUAAAAAUGAUAAAUCCCAUUGCAGGUUCUGAAACCAACAAAAAUGUCAGUUCAAUGAACUAUUAUUCAUACCGCCUAAUGAUUCGGGAAAAUGAAGAUAAUCACAUAUUGAAAUGUCGGCGAUUAUAUCACAAAUAUGUUGUUGACAUGUAUGUUAAAAUUGAAACGGAAAGAUUAACAUUCAUCAGGUUGAAUCAAACCAAACUCCGAUCUGAAGAGUAUAUUCACCUUCGAGAUGCGAUUAAUACUGAUGGAAAUGCACAGAAUGUCGGUCGGAUGACUAUUCUUCCAGCAACAUACAUCGGAAGCCCUCGGCAUAUGCACGAAUAUGCUCAAGAUGCCAUGUCGUAUGUUCGUCAUUAUGGUACAGCAGAUUUGUUCAUCACAUUUACAUGCAAUCCGCAAUGGAUAGAAAUCAAUCAGGAGUUAUUCUCUGGGCAAUCACCCAUUGAUCGUCAUGAUAUUACAGCCAGCGUCUUUAGACAAAAGUUGAAAUCUUUAAUGGAUUUCAUCGUAAAACAUAAUGUGUUUGUGUGA